AUGGCAAGCAUGAUGGGUGGUAUGGGUGAUGCCAUGAAGGAGCAGGACAGGGCCAAGAAGAAGAUUGAGGACGAGAUGGCAGACAAAGCACCUGGCUCCAUUAAGCCCUUCUUUCCUUGCUGCGGCGGUCCGGUCGGAACCAUGGAUAAGUGCAUCUGCAUGGUCCCCGCGGAUCAGCAGGAGCAGGUGAAGAGUGCCAUUGACACCCAGUAG